CAUGACCUUUCAUGUUAACAAAAUAUUAAAAAAUAUAUAUAUACACAUAUACUAGUGUGAUGAAAUCAAAUCAAUUUAAGAAUCUUUCAAGAAGAGCAGCCCACAUUUCAUUCAUUUCAAACCAUUCGACUUCUCAUUCUCUCUCAUUCUUUCUCUCUCUCUCUCUGCGCUAAUUAUCACUCCAAAAUGAAGAACAAACCGCAGCAGCAGCAGCAGCAGCAGCAACCACCCUCAUCAAUUCCCAAGCAUUUCCUCAAUGUCCAAAUACACCUCCAUAAAAUCAUCUCCAACUUUCUCAUCUUCGCCUUCGGUUUAGCCAUCGGCGUCUCCAUCAGUUUCUACCUCAAAGAUUUUCCCUUCCAGCUCUACGCCACCCAAGCCAAAUACUCUCGUUCAUCAAACACUCCAUUGUUAUUCUCUUCUGCUCCACCACCACUACCACCGCCGCCGCUGCCAACUCUCAAUAUCCAAAUAAAUAAAACCAAAACUUCUGCUGCGCCUCCCCCACCGCCAAUCGGCUUAAAAGAAUACACAAAGCCACCCAACAUUAUGCACGACAUGGACGACGCUGAGUUGCUGUGGAGAGCUUCACUGGUGCCUCGCCGGCGUGGGCUGCCGUUCAAGCGCACCCCAAAAGUGGCGUUCAUGUUCUUGACAAGAGGGCCUCUGGCAUUGGCUCCGUUCUGGGAAAUGUUCUUCAAAGGCCAUGAAGGGCUCUACUCUAUCUAUGUCCACGCCAAUCCGGAUUUCAACGACACCAUGCCUCAAAACUCUGUUUUUUAUGGCAGAAGGGUCCCAAGUAAGAAUGUGACAUGGGGUGAGCCUAACAUGGUGCAAGCAGAGCGACGCCUAUUAGCCAAUGCCUUGCUUGACUUCUCCAACCAACGUUUUGUGCUGCUCUCAGAGUCUUGCAUACCGCUGUUUAAUUUCAAAGUCAUCUACGAUUAUCUGAUGGGCUCAACCCAGACAUUUGUGGAGGUCUACGACUUACCCGGCCCAGUGGGCCGAGACAGGUACAGGCCCAAAAUGAGCCCACAAAUCACGCUCGGCCAAUGGCGGAAGGGCUCGCAGUGGUUCGAGGUGGACCGUGUGAUUGCGGUGGAGGUGGUUUCCGAUCAAAAGUAUUUUCCACUGUUUACAAAGCACUGCAAGCCCUCCUGCUAUUCUGACGAGCACUACUUGCCUACGUACGUGAACAUCAAGUUUAGGAAGAAAAAUUCGAAUCGGACGUUGACUUGGGUUGACUGGUCAAGGGGUGGGCCCCAUCCGUCUAAGUUUAUGAGAACAGAUGUGACUGUUGAGUUCUUGGAGAAGCUGAGGCAUGGAACGAAAUGCGAGUACAAUGGGAAGACCACCGAUGUUUGCCACUUGUUUGCCAGAAAAUUCUUGCCCAACACUUUGGAUAGGCUGCUGAGGUUUGGCCCAAAGCUCAUGAAAUUCAAUUAAUUUUUCGCAGUCAAGAUUUUUUGUUCAUCAUUCAUUUCUCUGUAAACUAAUAAAGCUUAGGAUCAGUAGGUUUUGUUUGAAUUUUUUUAUUUUUUAUUUUUGGCUUUUUAUGUUUAUAAGUUAUCCUUUGAAAACACAUUAGAGGGGCGAAGCUCUAGAAAAUGUUUGUGUGUGUGUGUUUUUUCCCCUUUCGGUUGGGGCAGUUGGAGGUGUAUAAGUUGAUUGAUCCAGAUAGUUGUGAUAAUAGAGUGAUAUUUUGUA